AUGACCCUGAGGCAGGGGUCGUUUCUGUGGUACCUCUAUCUGGACAGACUGUACUGCUUGCUGUCUGUGAGGAACGUGAGGGCCUUGGUGGAGUACUUCCACCUCUUGGACGUGCACCGCAACAACACCUUGAACGACCUGCUGUUCUACCACUUCCUCCACCAUGUGACCAACUGGAACCGCAGACAGAUCAUGAGCGUGUUCGACAUGCUGGACUGGGAGGCCACGGGCGAGAUUGGUUUCGACCAGUUCUAUGUGCUGGUCUGCAUACUCCUGGCACAGCAGAACCACUUGGAAGAGCAAUUUAUCUACCGCCACUCACGGCCGGUGUUUGAGCUGCUGGACCUGAACGGGGAGCUGAAGAUCAGUGCAGAGAACUUCUGCAUGUACAACUUUCUCUUCCACAUCAAAAAGCAGGAGUUCCGAGACUUCUAUCGUGACCUGGACAUCACAGGUGACCGUCGUCUUAAUUACAAGGAAUUCAAGCUGUUCGCUAUCUUCACCAUGGACAAAUACCAGGAGAAGCAGAAAGCGGAGAUAGAAGAGAAGGAGAAAAAGGAAGAGGAAGAGAAGGCUCUGCAGAAAAAGAUGUCACUCCAAGUUCAAGUGACUCCAAAAGAGAGUCUUACUGGAAUAAAUGAAUCUGAAAGUAGAGUGUAA